CCCGACCAGUGAGUCCUUGUUGAUAGUUUACAAGCGAGGUUGGUCAGUGGGUGUUGGUCAGUCUGCUCUCUUCUUUCGUUUGGUGAAGAUCUGAUUCCAAUCUUGUGUUUAAUUAUGUCUAUGAAGAUGGCCGUAACGCUGAUUUGGAUGGGACUUGUGGGUCUCCUAGCAAUGGGUGUAGACUCUCAAGGGAAAUCUACCGUCUUAACUCCUCACGAUGAGACUGGACCCCUCGCCAACGUCUCUACUAACGCCACGACAAAACGACCGAGGGACGUGAUGGGAGGUUAUCUCUCGACUCGGCCUCAUGUUUCCUUCAGUGUGAAAAUGGCUACAGAGAAACUUACGGCCGUCGCUCAUCUUCAUUUUCAGGAAGUGUUGACCAACACAGGAGGCGGCUGGGACACUACAACCAGUGAAUUCUUGGCUCCUAUUCCUGGAGGAUAUUUCUUCACUUUCAACGCUGUUGGUGACCGCACCAGCGACUUCACAAUGUCGUUGACCAAAAAUGGCGUCAAUCAGGCGAGUGCUUACGGGACGAUGCCGACCUUCGAACACGCGGGUAACUCGGUGUUCCUGGAGCUCAAGAGUCUCGACAAGAUAUCUUUAGAGUUGCAGCAGGGCAGCAUCUACGAACACCCGGGCAACGAAACCUAUACAUCCUUCGUGGGUUUUCUUCUUUACCGCUUGUAAUAGUUUAGUCUAAUGUGAAGUGCCUUUAUACCAAUUAAAUUGCAUUGUAUCA